CGAACGUGAACCCUCUAACCAUUGUAGCACUGCGGAGAGCCUCAACCUCAAGUUCUUCGCAAAACCCUAAUUUCACCCGUUUUGUGUUAGAUUGGGGUUCCCCCCAUGGCUGACGGCGGAGAACCCGACCACAAACUCUGUGGAUUUCUCUGUGCCGUCGUUUCGGUCAAUUCUCGUGAUCUUCCACAUGACCUUUCAGUGGGCUCUUCUUGUCUUAUCUUCAGUUAUGAAUCACGGACCGGAUUCAAAACCGACAAUGGUGUGAUCUUAUCGUUAAUUGAUUCGAAUUCCAAUAUCAAUUCCCGAUUUAGGUCGAGCAACGGAGUUCGGAGCCCGGGUGAUGAAGCUGCCACCAUGGAUGUGGAGGCUGGAGCUUUGGAGAGUUCUCCAAAAUGCGAAAGGAUCACAGAGGGAGAGAGGUCAUGGAAAUCAACGGAGACCCAGAAAUCGCAGGACACGGGACGGGUAAGGAAGAGGGGGAGGAGUAUUGGUAUGGUGAAUGGAAGCAUAAGCGUGGUAAAGCAGAUUCAAGCUUUGGAUGCACACAAUUGUCUGAAGAUCAUGUCACGUGUGGUCUCGGUUGAUAAGGGUGAUAAUGGAGAAUAUAGAGCUGUUGUGCUUGUGGAUGUUCUUGUGCCUGUUGCCCUGUGGUGUGGUUGGCAGUUUCCAAAAUCUCCGAAGAUUGCUGCUUCACUGUUUAAACACUUGAGCUGCGACUGGAAAUUGAGAAGCUCAAUACUUAAGGGUGAAAGUUACUGGAAAGAAUCCAACGGAAGUAUAAAGGAUGUCUGGAAUAUUUCUGACUGCCAUGUCCUUGGGUGCAAGUUAUGUUGUGGUGCCUAUGAUUCUUCAAAAAGAAAGUUAUUUAACCUUCAUGAAAUUUUUCAGAGCUUGCCCAGCCCAGGAAGUAAUGGGAUGCUUAAUUCUACUGGACUAUCAUCAUCUGCCGACUCUUAUUCGUCGGGUAUUUGGGAUCUUUCAGAUGAUAUUUUGAUUAGUAUAUUGCAAAAACUUAGCCCAAAGGAUCUCAUUAGCGUUUCAGGGGUUUGUCAUCAUCUAAGAUCAUUGACCUCUUUAAUAGUGCCAUGUUUGAAGCUGAAAUUGUUUCCUCAUCAGCAGGCAGCUGUCAAAUGGAUGUUACAGCGUGAGCAGAAGGCUGAAGUUUUAUCGCAUCCACUAUACCAGAAGUUCGACACUGAAGAUGGAUUCUGUUUCUAUGUAAAUGUUGUCUCUGGUGACAUUGUAUCUGAGGCUGCUCCCACUUUCAAGGAUUUUCGUGGUGGCAUGUUCUGUGAUGAACCAGGUCUAGGUAAGACAAUAACAGCUCUAUCACUUAUCCUAAAGACUCAAGGAACGAUGGCUGAUCCACCCGAUGGAAUUCCAGUCAUUUGGUGUAAACAUAAUGACGAUGAAAAGUGUGCUUAUUAUGAGUACGCGAGUGAUCAGUGCACUUCUUCUAGUAUGUUUUCAGCAAAGAGGGUUCUGAGUCCAAGUGGCUGCAGAACCCAGUUUUCCCCUGAUGUCUUUAGUCCGGUGUGGGAGUCAAGUUCUUUGCCACGCAAGCAAGCUAAGUUGAUGGAUCCGAGUGAUAGAAGUACUGAGUCAGAAGUUCAACGUAGAAGGAGCUUGGGUAAUGUCAGAAAAAAUCUUUUUCAGGCUUACGAUGGGGUAUUUAAGUUCUCUAACAGUGUGGAAGCUAAACAAAUUGGUGACACGAAAAAGCAUGGAUUCUGGAAUCUGAAAAAGUUAUCUUCGAAAGAGCAAGAUGUUAUGAAAACUGGUCGCAAGAGAAAAGGUCCUACAGAUUUGGAUGUGCAAAAUGAAACCUGGAUUCAGUGUGAUGCUUGCACAAAAUGGCGGAGAAUAUUAGAUGAAGGUGUAUCUGUUUUUGAUGCUGCCUGGUUUUGUAGCAUGAACACCGAUCCUGAACAUCAGCAUUGUGAAGAUCCAGAAGAAUUGUGGGAUAGUUGUCAGCUGAUAAAAUACUUGCAAGGGUUUUAUGCUAAGGGAACCUCUGGUGAAAAGGGUGAGAAUGUCUCGUUUUUCACUGCUGCCCUUAGGGAACAUAAGUCUUCAAUAAACUCAAUGGCAAAGAAAGCUUUAAUGUGGCUUGCUGAUCUCCCCCCAGACAAGCUCUCACAAAUGGAAACAGUUGGUUUACUCAGUCCGGUGUUGGGUAGUUAUUGGAGUAAGGAUAUCGAUGCAUUCCAGAGAAUAUUUCAAGCAUUUGGUCUUGUGAAGAGAGUUGAAAAAGGUGUAACUAGGUGGUACUAUCCGAGUUUUCUUGACAAUUUAGUAUUUGAUUUGCCUGCCUUAAGAGUUGCUCUGUGUCAGCCAUUGGAUACAUUCAGGCUAUAUUUGUCAAAAGCAUCUCUGAUUGUUGUGCCUGCAAAUUUAGUUGAUCACUGGAAAACACAAAUCAAGAAACAUGUCAGUCCUGGUCAACUACGGGUUUUGAUCUGGACUGACAACAGAAAGCCUUCUGCACACAGCCUGGCUUGGGACUAUGAUGUUGUGAUUACCACUUUUAACCGCUUAAGUGCAGAAUGGAGCCCCCGGAAGAAAAGCCCACUGAUGCAAGUUCAUUGGCUUAGGGUAAUGCUAGAUGAAGGACACACUCUUGGGUGUAGUCUCAGCUUGACAAAUAAAUUUCAAAUGGCUAUUUCUCUGACAGCUUGUAAUCGUUGGCUACUGACCGGGACACCAACCCCUAACACGCCAAAUAGCCAACUCUUACAUCUCCAACCUUUACUAAGGUUCCUUCAAGAGGAAGUGUAUGGAGAAAAUCUAAAGUUUUGGGAAUCUGGCAUUCAUAGACCAUUCGAGGCCGAGAUGGAGGAGGGUCGCUUACGUUUACUGGAGCUGCUUCAGAGAUGCAUGAUAAGUGCUAGAAAGAAAGACCUGCUAAUGAUUCCUCCGUGCAUCAAGAAAGUGACUUAUCUUAGUUUCACCCAGGAGCACGCAAGAAGUUAUAACGAACUGGUGGAAACAGUUAGGCGUAAUGUCCUAUUGGCUGACUGGAACGAUCCAUCUCAUGUUGAAAGUCUGCUAAACCCAAAGCAGUGGAAAUUUCGAAGUGCGACGAUCAGAAACUUAAGAUUAUCCUGUUGUGUGUCUGGGCAUAUUAAGAUGACUGAUGCAGGUCAAGAUAUCAAAGAGACUAUGGAUGAUUUAGUUAAAACUGGGCUCGAUCCUUCUUUGGACGAGUAUUCUUUGAUUAACAGUUGCCUUCUUAGUGGCUGUAACUGUCAAAGAUGCAGAGAAUGGUGCCGAUUACCUGUAAUCACUCCAUGUAGACAUCUACUAUGUCUUGAUUGUGUUGCUCUAGACAGUGAAAGGUGUAAUUUUCCUGGCUGUGGAUGCUUAUUCGAGAUGCAAACUCCGUUGGCUCGGCCUGAAAAUCCAAAUCCAAAGUGGGCUGUGCCUCGGGAUCUUAUCGAAUUACAACCUUCAUAUAAGCAGGAUGACUGGAACCCUGAUUGGCACUCUACCAUGAGUAGUAAAGUCGCUUACCUCGUGGGAAGGUUGAGAAAGUUACAGGAGAGUAAUAGAAAAAAUAUUUUAUCUUUCUGUAAGACUAACUCCAGAGCAAAUUUUGAACAAGACUUCAAUAGUCUUGGCUUUGGGGCUUGGAUGGGACUUGUUGACAAAGUUCUGAUUUUUUCUCAAUUUCUCGAGCAUAUUAAUGUGAUCGAACAACAGUUGAUUGCUGCGGGCAUCAAGUUUGCUGGAAUGUACAGUCCAAUGCAUUCAGCUAAUAAGAUGAAAUCUCUGGCCACGUUCCAGCAAGAUCAUGAGUGCAUGGCACUUGUGAUGGAUGGAACGACGGCGUUAGGUCUUGAUCUGAGCUUUGUGACACAAGUAUUCUUGAUGGAACCUAUCUGGGAUAAAAGCAUGGAAGAGCAAGUCAUAAGUCGUGCUCAUCGGAUGGGUGCUACACGUCCUAUUCAUGUGGAAACCUUAACAAUGCGUGGCACUAUUGAAGAGCAAAUGAUGAGAUUCCUAGAGGAUGCCGAGAAGAGAGGAGGGGUAUGGAGAGAGGAGCAGGAAAAACCCGACAAGGAGAAACGGAACCAUCGUUCGAUGCAUGAUUUUGCGGGAAGCAAUUACUUGGUCAAUCUCGGCUUCGUUCGAACUGAUGUUAUUGUCACAACAUGACUCUAAUGCCCCGCUGCGUUUGUGUACAAAGAUAGAAUGGGUCAUUGAUUCUUGACUCCAUUCCCCUUGGAGCUAAUAUAUAAAUACCAAAUCAUUCAAUGGAAAAAGCAGACCAUUUUUUUUA